AUGUUCAAACGAGGUCAACGUGUCGCCAUUGGCGCUUCGGGUGGAAAAGACAGUACUGUACUUGCCUACGUACUAUCCACACUCAACAAGCGUUAUGACUACGGUUUAGACCUCUAUCUUUUAUCAAUCGAUGAAGGAAUCGUUGGGUAUCGCGAUGGUUCUUUGGAAACCGUCAAACAAAACUCGAUCGAUUACCAGCUUCCUUUGGUUAUAUAUAGUUACAAAGAACUCUUCGGUUACACCAUGGAUGAGAUUGUCACACAAACCCUAGACGAAUCGGGCUAUACAAAGGCGUGUAGCUACUGCGGCGUGUUUCGCCGUCAGGCAUUGAAUAUCGGAGCAGAGCGAAGCCAUGCCGAUUUGAUCGCUACUGGUCACAACGCGGACGACAAUGCAGAAACGGGUUUUUUCUCUUGUUUGUUUUGUAAUGAAAAAAGUGACGCCUCGCUGCAAACCGCUUCGGUAAACGACAAAAACCGCGAAAUGAAUCAAAGCUUGUGCUAUCAGAAAGAAAUCGUUUUGUACGCCCAUUUCAAAAAGCUGCUUUACUUCUCGAUCGAGUGCAGCUACGCCAAGUUCGGCUAUCGUGGAAACAGUAGUUUUUUUUGA